AUGGAUGAGAAGAAACCAUUUGUGACAAUAAAUGAAGAUAUUCAAGCCAAACUGGACAAGAAAUUGGGCCCAGAAUACAUAUCAAAGAGAGUGGGAUUUGGAACCAGUAGGGUGGCAUAUAUUGAAGGUUGGAGAGUUAUUAACCUGGCAAAUCAGAUAUUCGGCUAUAAUGGAUGGUCUACAGAGGUAAAGAAUGUGACGAUCGAUUUUCUAGAUGAAAAACAAGGUAAAUUCUGCAUUGGGUGUACCGCUAUUGUUCGUGUAACUUUAGAUAAUGGGACACAUAGAGAGGACAUUGGCUACGGAACGGUAGAAAAUGAACGAAGAAAGGCAGCCGCAUUCGAGAGGGCUAAAAAGUCUGCUGUCACAGAUGCACUAAAAAGAUCCCUAAGAGGUUUUGGUAAUGCCCUAGGAAAUUGUUUGUACGAUAAAGAUUUCCUAUCAAAAAUUGAUAAAGUUAAAUUUGAUCCACCUGAUUUUGAUGAGGGCAAUUUAUUCAGGCCAUCCGAUGAAAUUAGUGAGAAUUCAAGAGCAAAUACAAUGGAUGUUCCCGACUCGGUUUCAAAUAAAAGACGUCAGCUAGCUAAAGUUGGUACAAAUACGAAUAAUAAUAAUAAUAUCAACUUUCAAGGAACGAAAGUAGUAAGAAAUACCAAUUCAGUGCAUGAGCAAAGACAUUCCUCUGAACCACUCCAGAAGGGUAUCGCAACGGAGGACCCUGUAACCAAACAAGAUCCUGACGAUCUCUUGGAUGAUUCUUUGAUGUUCAGUGAUGACUUCCAAGAUGAUGAUCUUAUAAAUAUAGGUGCUCCAGGUUUAGCACCCCAUUCUGUCUCAAUACCGAAACCUGCAACUUUGGCAGCCUCUAAUGAGCCUGCCACCUUUGUGACAGCAAAGGCCGCUACCACUCUCCAGAACAAAAGCCAAGUACAAGAAGAAAACGUAUUUGAUCCCAAAUAUCAAGCUCAAUCUAUUAAACAUACUAUUGACCAAACAACCUCAAAACCAGUGCCAAUGACUGUAUUGAAAGAAAAGGGUCUCCCAUCUUCGAAAGACUCUGUAUACGAAAAGUUUGCACCCAAAGGAAAGCAACUAGAUUCUGUGAAUAAUGGCAAUCAGCCAGAAGAUGGGCUAAAUGUGCCUACCAAUCCUCCACAACAACCUGUAGCAGUAGUGGCUGCUUCCACAAAUUCUAUUGCAGGUGCCGUAGCAGCAUCAUCUGGUUCGCGGUUUGCACCGCCAUCAGAAGUUGUUCAUCCAAAUUCUCACAUGACACAGAAUAAUACGAAGCUUACGAGGAGAGAAAUCGGGAAACCUAAAAUAAAUUCUCUCCAGCUUAGAAAACCACCAACGUGA